UACAUAUUUUGACUUCUGCGCGAUGUUUUGUUAAUGCUAUUUGGCGUUCUGAAAAUACUGUUAUGAAUGAAUUACAGGACAAAUAUGGUUAAACUUGUUAUUAAUUCCUCGUAUAUUUGUUUAUCAUAAGCUAUAUUGCCUGACAGCGACGUCACAAAUCGAAAUGGCAACUCAUCGAGGUUCCGGUAGUCAAGGAAGGAAGAAAGUUCAGGUUUCGUUUGUUAUGCGAGAUGAGGUUGAGAGACACCACAGGUCGGGAGUGAAUGCCGUACAGUUUGAUCCGUUGCUCAACCGACUCUACACAGCUGGGCGGGAUUCCAUCGUGCGGAUAUGGAACACACACACCAACAAGGAUCCCUACAUAUUGUCUAUGGAGCACCACACCGACUGGGUGAACGACAUAGUGUUGUGCUGUAACGGAAGAACAUUGAUCAGUGCGUCCAGCGACACGACGGUCAAGGUGUGGAAUGCUCACAAGGGAUUCUGUAUGUCCACCCUGCGAACACACAAGGACUAUGUGAAGGCGCUGGCGUAUGCGCGGGAUCGGGAACAAGUGGCGUCCGCCGGGCUGGAUCGAGCCAUCUUCCUGUGGGACGUGAACACACUGACUGCCCUGACCGCAUCCAACAACACCGUCACAACAUCGAGUCUGACAGGGAACAAGGACUCCAUCUACAGUCUGGCUAUGAAUGCCCCGGGAACCAUCAUCGUAUCGGGGUCCACGGAGAAGGUGUUACGCGUGUGGGACCCGCGCACCUGUCAGAAACUGAUGAAGCUGAAGGGGCACGCCGAUAACGUGAAGGCUUUGGUCCUCAACAGAGAUGGCACACAGUGUCUGUCGGGAAGUUCUGACGGCACGAUUCGACUGUGGUCUCUGGGCCAGCAGCGAUGUGUGGCUACAUUCCGCGUCCACGACGAGGGUGUCUGGGCGCUACAGGCGAACGACUCGUUCAGUGUGGUGUUCUCCGGUGGGCGGGACCGCCAGAUCUGGGCCACGGACGUGAGGAACCAGGACAACCGAGUUCUAAUCUGCGAGGAGAAGGCGCCGGUGCUGAAGCUUGAGUUGUGUGACAUGGACCAGCCGAGUUUGUGGGUUGCCACGACAGACUCAAGUAUUAGAAACUGGCCUGCCAAGGUGCCGAGUUCUACUCGAAAUUCCGGGGAAUAUGGAAACGAUUCCUUUCACCCAGUAUUCACCCAACCGGAGUUCACAAUAAAAGGAGGCCCAAGCAUACGACAGUAUUACAUUCUCAACGACCGGCGACACAUUUUAACAAAGGAUACCGAUGAAUGUGUUGCAUUGUGGGAUGUUUUAACGGCCAGCAAAGUAAAAGAACUGGGUAGAAAUGUCGAUUUCGAGGAGGAAAUCAAAGUGAGGAGUAAAAUGGUAUUCGUCCCGAACUGGUUUACAGUCGAUUUGAAAACGGGCUUGCUGACGAUUCACCUGGAAGAAUCGGAUUGUUUUGCAGCAUGGAUGUCAAUACGAGAACUCGACAUGCCGCAACAGACCGACCCCUCCGAUACCAAGAUAAACAUUGGGACAUCCCUGCUCCAGGCUCUGUUGGAACACUGGCCAAAGGCUCAUCUUGAGGAUGGACAAGAUGGAAAUGGAGGUGAGAAGACCGGUAAUUCAGGUUCCGUAUUCGCAGUACCUGGACACACCCCAGUGAUUUUCAGUGAAGUUGGCGGUAGAACGUUGUUCCGCCUCUUGUGUCGAGAUGCCGGUGGGGAGACGGAACAGAUGUUGUUAAACGAAACGGUUCCACCCUGGGUCAUGGAUGUCGUUGUACAGAAAAAUGUUCCUAAGUUUAACAAGAUUCCCUUCUUCCUGCAACCUCAUGCCAGCACAGGCAUUAAACCUGUGAAAAAAGACCGUCUGUCGGCGAGUGACAUGAUCCAGGUUCGGAAGGUGAUAGAACACGUGUACGACAAGGUGCUGGGUCAGGGGUCAGACUCGGGGUCACAGACUGCAAACGGAAACAGUCAGGACGCAAAGGAAGGAGAGAAGGAUGAGGAUUUGGCGUCCAUCGCUGAAGAGCGACUUGAACUUCUGUGCAAUGAUGUGGUCCUGGACCCCAACAUGGAUCUGAGGACUGUGAAACACUUCAUAUGGAAACAAACUGGAGAUCUGACGCUACACUACCGACCACUGGCCAAGAAAGAUUUGCACUCGUUCUGUAAAUAUUCCUCUCUCAACCAAGGCGAUACAUAG